UAGUCGCGGUCGGCGUGAUCCUGAGGCGUGUGUGGUCGUUUCUCAGGUAAAACAUGGCUAAAAGCUUACGGAGUAAGUGGAAAAGAAAGAUGCGUGCUGAAAAGAGAAAAAAGAAUGCCCCAAAGGAGCUCAGCAGGCUUAAAAGUAUUCUCAAACUAGAAGGUGAUGUUUUAAUGAAAGAUGUUCAAGAGAUAGCAACUGUGGUGGUACCCAAACGCAAACAUUGCCAAGAGAAAAUGCAAUGUGAGGUGAAAGAUGAAAAAGAUGACAUGAAAAUGGAGACUGAUAUUAAGAGAAACAAAAAGACUCUUCUAGACCAGCAUGGACAGUAUCCAAUAUGGAUGAACCAAAGGCAAAGAAAAAGACUGAAGGCAAAGUGAGAGAAAGGAAAGGGGAAAAGCAAAGCAAAAGCAGUGAAAGUGGCAAAGGGUUUGGCCUGGUAGACUCUUAAAACCUUGGAAAAUGCCACACGGGAUAGAUGAUGGAUUAGAAUGUAUACACAUGUAUACUUUGAUUUCAGCUGCCACCAAAUGAAAACUAUUUGUUUUCCUAUUUUAACUUGGCCUUUUUUCUUCAGUUCAAACCCAGCAUUAACUCCUCAAGUUUGUUUUGGGAACUUAAAUAAAAUAUUUUCUUUGAUACAAAAAAAA